AUGGCAAACUCAGAGCCUGCAUCUCCCGGGGUGCCCCAUGCCCCCAACCACGACUCUAUGGUCACCGUCUCGUUAUCCGACAUACAAUCCAAUUCAGAGCACACACAGCCGGACUGGCGAAACCUCGACAUUCCCCCGACUCCGGUGGAAUCCACCCAUGGGCCCGAGGGCAACCACUCCAAGACCGAGUCGUUCGGUCCCAUGGCUCUCCGGGAUGCGGCGAGGACAACCCCCACUCCAGUAGACGAGCCCCCAACCCCAACCUCGACCAAAGAUAAGACCUCGGAUGAAGAGACGGAUAACGAAGUGGACUGGGAGAACCUGGAGAAAACGGAGGAGAAGGAGCCCCGCGGAGAGGGCUCAGACGAGUCGACGGCUCUGCUUCUCGCUCGUUUAGAACAAGAGAACAAUGCCCUGGCCACAAAUCCAAAGUCUGGAAUAUCCAGUCCUCCCCGGGCUCAGAAACACCAGCGGCAAUCUCGUUCCCAAUCAUUAAUCCAGAUCAAACGGUUGAUCAAUGACCCGGCUCGGUCAGAACUUCGCUACUCUCAGCUGCCUCCUCCCCCGAUGACCGAACUCGAGUUCUGGGCUGCUCUAGUCGCGGACUACCAUCAGACGGCCCAGCGACUGCCGACCCUGACGUCGAAUAAGAUCCAGAGCGGUGUUCCUCCGCCUCUCAGAGGGGUGGUGUGGCCCAGUCUUGCAGGUGCCCGUGACCCCACGCUGCUGGAAGAAUUCCAACGGCUCUCCGGCGAGAGCAGUCCAUAUGAUGGACUCAUCGGGAAGGACAUUGGCCGCAGCUUUCCCAAUGUGGAGAUGUUCCGCGACCCGAAUGGCGAGGGUCAGCAGAUGCUGGCCAGAGUACUACGUUGUUUCAGCUUGUACGAUGCCAAGAUCGGUUACUGUCAAGGCCUUGGGUUUGUCGUCGGUCCUUUGUUGAUGCAUAUGUCGGAUACGGAAGCUUUCUGUGUGCUUGUUCGUCUCAUGGACCAUUAUAAUCUCCGCACUUGCUACUUACCGGACUUGUCGGGUCUUCACCUUCAUGUCUACCAGUUCCAGAACCUUCUCGCGCGCCACCGACCAGCACUGUUCGAGCACCUAGAGUCCCUAGGUGUGGAACCGGUAUAUGUAUCUCAAUGGUUCUUGUCAUUCUUUGCAGUGGCAUGCCCAUUGCCGAUGCUCCUCCGAAUUUACGAUGUCAUUUUCCUCGAGGGUGCUUGUGAAACCUUGAUGCGCGUUGCCCUUUCACUGAUGCAGCGAAACGAGCAGAAACUCAUAGCUUGUACUGAAUUUGAGGAUGUCAUGCAGUUGCUUCUGUCGCGAAGCCUUUGGGAUACGUACGCAUUCAACGCGGAUGAUCUAGUCAAUGAUUUCGUGUCAUUGACAUCCUUGGUCACGAAUGAGAGUCUACAGACUUUGGAAGCCAGCUACAAUCAGUCCCAGGGUGUGCCUACUGGGGUUUCUUUCCCAUCCAUGCAGGCUGCCGCUUCUCGCUUCCUUGGACGUCUCUGGGCGGGCUCCGGCUCUCACAACUCGGUCAAAUCCCUGAAUCCCAACCCCAGCCCGUCUCGUCCCACCAGUACCAUCCGCCGCUCGACUUCAAAACAAAGCUUGACUUCUACCCUCAAUUCCAUCGAGACCACCUCCGACACCAGCACCGCUCCCACCGAACUUUCUACCGCGACGAUCAGUGUGGAUGGCCAUAACUCACGCGUCAAAUCCAACAUGUCAGCACACAAGGAUCGCGAUCUUCAUACACAGAUUGAGGAUCUUUUGAUGGCGUUGAGCGAUCUUCAACGCCAACAGGCAGAUUUGACACGCGAAUUGCAACAGGAGCGUGAGGAGCGCGAAGAAGACAAUGCGGUGGCAAGAGAGAUGCUCAGUCACCUGCAGGAGCAGGAUACCGGCGAUCAGCCCAGUGACCUGAUCUCGAAAGCGCAGGCCCGAUUCUCUUCAGAGGAACCCAAGCUCACGUCAAUUCCCCAAACUAAGCACCAACUCCACGACGACAUGAGACGGUGGAAAGAAAUGCACGAGGUGGAAGCUCGCCGGUGCUUGGGCCUUACACGGCGCAUGGACGAGUACGAACAAGAAAAUUCUUCUCUGAAGGAGCAACUCCGUGAGGCGCGUGGCCGAAUCCAAGAUGGAUAUCGCGAUCGGCAGCGACUGGAACGGAAGAACCAAGAGCUUCCAAACUCACCCAACGGUCUUCGUGAAUUCAAAUUGGCGCGUACCAAUUCGCAGAAGAAUCCUACAUUCAGCAAGCGGUCCAGCAGCCUGGGUCUUCAGAAUGUCCUGUCCACCGAAAAUAACAAACCCGCUGCAGAGGAAACCCUGCUUCUCGAGCUGGUCAAUGCGAAGACGGCAGAAGCAGUCGCCAAACAAGAGUUGGAGGAAGUGAAGGGCAAGCUGGACGCGUUGCGAAAGAUGAUUAGCGCGCCCAAUUCACAACCCGAAAACCGGCAUUCUUUCAUCGGCCGCGCACCCUCCCUCCCGAGUUUCAACAAAGCUCCGACGGAACCCGUGAAAACCCCGAGUGCCACUAGCACCGGAAGCAAUGGAGGCUUUUUCAGCGGGUGGGGGCGACGCGUUGCACCCAGCAACGAGACCCCGCCGUGA